UCAAGAACCUAACAUACUAAUGUAACCCAUGCAUUGCUUACAUUAACCCACAUAGGCUCAUACAACCUAAUGUACUCAGUCCUGUACCUCAGAAUAUCAAUGUGAAAAAUCCCACAAUAUCUGCUUUGAACUGGAUUAUCUGAGUCCACACUGCCAUAUAAUCCAGUUCAGAUAUUGUGGGGUUUUCUGCCUUGAUAUUCUGGGUUAUAUGGUUGUGUGGAAGGGCCUUGAGUGAAGGUUUGGGGCAAUGCCAUGAUUUGGAAGCACAGCCUUAGUUGUGUAAAUUUGAUUCAGGUGUGCAACUCAGCCCAGCUGGCCUCAUUAUCCCUCCAUUUUUUGUUGCUGUUGCUCUCACGUCAACAUGGAGUAUGGGUUUGUGAGGCCGAAUGGGUCGGACUGGUUGGCCCUUGGGGUCUCCAACUUUGCACUGGUUGAGUUCUCCUCCAACUUUAUGGUUCUGAAACAGAUUCCGGCCGAGAGAGUCAGAAACUCUUAACUUUUGGAGACCUACCAACCAUUCUUCAACCAAGUUCUGGAGAACUGGAGAACUGCUCAAUCCAAGCAAGAAUCUUAUGAAGGCUUUGACGUCGUCCAUCCAUGACUAUCCAUGCCACCUUUAAGAGCCCAACCAAGCUUGAAGCAUCCGCCUCAAGACGUCUCCAGAGUUUCUUCACUUCCUCGGGACAGCGUCUUCUCAAACCCAGACUUCACAACCUCUGAGGAUGCCUGCCAUAGACGUGGACAAAACGUCAGGAGAGAAUGCUUCUGGAACAUGGCCAUAAAGCCCGAAAAACUCACGGCAAUCCAGUGAUUCCGGCCAUGAAAGCCUUCGACAAUAUCUUGGCUCGGACUGCCAGCACCCGGCCUCGUCCUCGUCGGUGUGCGAGGGCUGCCAGCGGCCCAUCUCGGACCGGUUCCUGAUGCGCGUCAACGACUCCUCCUGGCACGAGGAGUGUCUACACUGCGCCGUCUGCCAGCAGGCGCUCACCACCAGCUGCUACUUCCGGGACAGGAAGCUCUACUGCAAGCAAGACUACCAACAACUCUUUGCUGCCAAGUGCAGCGGCUGCAUGGAGAAGAUUGCCCCCACCGAGUUUGUGAUGCGGGCCCUGGAGUGCGUCUACCACCUGGGCUGCUUCUGUUGCUGUGUCUGCGAGCGGCAACUGCGGAAAGGGGAUGAAUUUGUGCUGAAGGAAGGCCAGUUGCUCUGCAAGAGCGACUACGAGAAGGAGAAGGAUUUGCUCAGCUCCGUCAGUCCCGACGACUCCGAUUCGGUGAAAAGUGAUGACGAAGAUGGGGAUGUCAAACCAACCAAAGGCCAAACAAACCCAGGGAAGGGCGGUGACGAUGGGAAGGAUCCAAGGAGGCCCAAGCGGCCACGGACGAUACUCACAACGCAGCAGAGGAGAGCUUUCAAAGCGUCGUUUGAAGUGUCUUCCAAACCUUGUCGGAAGGUCAGAGAGACGCUCGCCGCUGAAACUGGGCUCAGCGUUCGUGUUGUCCAAGUGUGGUUUCAGAAUCAGAGAGCAAAGAUGAAGAAAUUGGCCCGGCGGCAUCAGCAGCAGCAGGAGCAGCAGAACUCACAGCGGCUGGGUCAAGAAGUCAUGUCCAACCGGAUGGAAGGCAUGAUGACGUCGUACACGCCGCUUGCGCCGCCGCAGCAGCAGAUCGUGGCCAUGGACCAGAGCACCUACGCCACGGACCCCUUCCAGCAAGGUCUCACCCCACCACAAAUGCCAGGUGACCACAUGAAUCCCUAUGGGAACGACUCCAUUUUCCAUGACAUCGACAGUGAUACCUCUUUAACCAGCUUGAGCGAUUGCUUCCUGGCCUCCUCGGAAGUAAACUCCAUGCAGGCCCGGGUAGGCAACCCUAUUGACAGGCUGUACUCUAUGCAGAGUUCGUACUUUGCUUCAUGAGAGUCAAGGCGAGACGACGGAAGCAAGGAAAGCGAAGCAAAAGACCCCCCAAGAGAACACUGACCGUCACGAGACACUCUCCCCACAACCUUUGUCCCUCAAGCGAGACUCUUACAGCCAUAUUUCCUUCUGCUCUUCCUUCGCACUGACUUUGGGCACCAAAAUAAGGGAGACUCUAGUAAAGACGAAAUAAUGGAAGGUACAGACCUGGCACCCCGAAACAACACCAAGACCAUCUUAACCUCUUCCAGAAAUCCUCUCUUCGGUGUCUUCUUGCCUGCAGUUGCAAAAGAAAUGGGAGUUUUCUUGAGAGAUUUGCCCUUGUGGGCACGGACAUCCAACAGCCACCAAUGUGUUGUUAGAUAAUGUUAGGAAAGGACUUUGGAGAAACUAGAGAACACCUUCUUUGCUCUUUCUCACCUCCAUUUGGGACCCCAGAACUGCAAAAUGUGGAAACAUAGCUGCGGUUUCCGAGCGAGUAUCCCCAUUUGGUACGGUUUGCAUAAUGGACCUGCUCCGCCCAAUCUGAUAGUUGGACCCCGUUGUACUGUAUGAGGGAGAGGGGAGGGGAGACCGCUUGGGAAGCAAGAAGACUUUGUUUUUCCUCUCUCUAUCCUCCCCAGUCAUGUUAUAAUUAUUACCGUAUUUAAUUAAAGGAAGAACCAGAAAGACGCAUGAGAAGGGAGGGUGGCCCAAAUGAUUCCGAGACACACAACUUUUCCUUCAUUUGCCGUCAAAUCGUAACUUUGCCCAAAAACUCACUGAUCCGUUGCCAAGUUUCAUAUCUCCCCCUCUCCUCCCCCUUUGAUUGGCAGUCAUCUGUUGGCCAUUCCAUUCUGUUUAUACCCGUCAGUGAGAAAUACACUACACACGGUUGCCCUGGUAUGAAUGAAUCAUUCCUAGCCCUUUCCCUCGCUCAGGAAAAAAUUCCUCGUGCCCCUCGAGGGUCUCCUGAAAUGUCAAUCAAGCAGCUACAAAUCAAACAAGAGCUCAUAGGAUACCUUGGCUCCCCACCACCUACAGCCCUAUGUCCUGAUGGAAUCCCAUCAUAAACUGGUUCAGCUAUGAUUUGCAGUUGAAAUGAGGGAUAUAGUGUUUACUUCACAAAUCUAUGCAGAUUUACUGGGAAACCAGUCCCAUUGAGUCCAGUAGGCCUUCCUUUCAAGAAGGGAAAUGUGUUUUAUAUGAUGGAUGGGUUACACCACCCAUUCCCACCAUGGGUUCCAUGAGAUGUUUUGGUCCUACCAGCCCUGAGAUGACCAAUGAUGGAGAAUGAGCUUUCAUUGGAUGUAGGGAUGUCCCAUUGAGUUCAGUAGGGCUUUCAAGAAGGGACAUGUGUUUGGAUGAUGGAUGGGUUACAUCACCCAUCUCCACUAGAUGUUUAGGUCUACAACUCCUACCAGCUCUGAGAUGACCGAUGGUGGAGAAUGAUUUGAAUUGUAGUCCCAAACUUCCAUUGGAUGUAUGGAUGUCCCAUUGAGUUCAAUAGGGCUUCCUUUCCAGGAGGGACAUGUGUUUUGUAUGAUGGAUGGGUUCCAUGAGUUCCAUGAGAUCUACAACUCUUACCAGCCCUGAGAUGACCGAUGGUGGAGAAUGAUUUGAAUUGUAGUCCCAAACUUCCAUUGAAUGUAGGGAUGUCCCAUUGAGUUCAAUAGGGCUUCCUUUCAAGGAGGGGCAUGUGUUUUGUAUGAUGGAUGGGUUACACCACCCAUCCUCACCACAAGUUCCAUGAGAUCUACAACUCCUACCAGCCCUGAGAUGACCAAUGGUGGAGAAUGAGCUUUCAUUGGAUGUAGGGAUGUCCCAUCGAGUUCAGUAGGGCUUCCUUUCAAGAAGGGACAUGUGUUUGUAUGAUGGAUGGGUUACAUCACCCAUCCCCACUAGAUGUUUAUGUCUACAACUCCUACCAGCCCUGAGAUGACCGAUGGUGGAGAAUGAUUUGAAUUGUAGUCCCAAACUUCCAUUGGAUGUAGGGAUGUCCCAUUGAGUUCAGUAGGGCUUCCUUUCAAGGAGGGGCAUAUGUUUUGUAUGAUGGAUGGGUUACACCACCCAUCCUCACCACAAGUUCCAUGAAAUCUACAACUUCUACCAGUCCUGAGAUGACUGAUGGUGGAGAAUGAUUUGAAUUGUAGUCCCAAAUUUCCAUUGGAUGUAGGGAUGUCCCAUUGAGUUCAGUAUGGCUUCCUUUCAAGGAGGGACAUGUGUUUUGUAUGAUGGAUGGGUUCCAUGAGUUCCAUGAGAUCUACAACUCCUACCAGCCCUGAGAUGAAGAUUUGAAUUGUGGUCCCAAGCUUCCAUUGGAUGUAGGGAUGCCCUCCAUCUUGGGUGAGUUUACCAAGGGAUUGGACAAAUCUAAUAAAAAUAAUGGGUACUUGGGUGCUUGAUAGCAAUGAUGGCUGAACAUUGCUCAAGUCCUGGAAGUAAUAUAUCUCUCGGUAUCAGUUGCGGGAGUACAUAAGUGAAAAGUUACUACUGCACUGGGCCAUCUCAGCUCUGUGAUAUCUCCAUAUGAUAGGAACCAUUCUUUCUUCUCAGUGGUUUCCAUAAAUACCUUGAGGGACAUAUAUACAGGUUUGGCUAAGCAACCCUCCCUUUGCUCUCCUUGCCAUGGAUUUAAUAAAGUAUGGAGCAUUAAUAAAUGAAGGAGAAAAAGUAAAGGAAAUAGUAUUGGGGAAAUGACCACAACCCACCAUUCAUACCAUGGUUCCAACCUGAUGGUCUUAGAAGAACUUCCACACUGUAAUCAGUUGAAGGCGACCAUCUACUCAUACUUUCAAACCCAGAUGUAAGGAACAUUCUAGUUCAGAAACUCAUGGAUACUAUAAGUUGCACAUUCAUACCAUGGUUCCAACCUGGCGGUCUUAGAAGAACGUCCACACUGUAAUCAGUUGAAGGCGACCAUCUACUCAUACUUUCAAACCCAGAUGUAAGGAACACUCUAGUUCAGAAACUCAUGGAUACCAUAAGUUGCACAUUCAUACCAUGGUUCCAACCUGGUGGUCUUAGAAGAGCUUCCACACUGUAACUAGUUGAAGGCAACCAUCUACCCAUACUUUCAAACCUAGAUGUAAGGAACAUUCUAGUUCAGAAGCUCGUGGAGACUAUAAGAUGCACAUUCAUACCAUGGUUCCAACCUGGUGGUCUUAGAAGAACUUCCACACUGUAAUCAGUUGAAGGUGACCAUGUAAUCAGUUGAAGGCGACCAUCUACUCAUACUUUCAAACCUAGAUGUAAGGAACAUUCUGGUUCAGAAACUCAUGGAUACCAUAAGAGACACAUUCAUACCAUGGUUCCAACCUGGUGGUCUUAGAAGAACUUCCACACUGUAAUCAGUUGAAGGUGACCAUCUACUCAUACUUUCAAACCCUGAUGUAAGGAACAUUCUAGUUCAGAAGCUCGUGGAGACCAUAAAAUGCACAUUCAUACCAUGGUUCCAACUUGGUGGUCUUAGAAGACCUUCCACACUGUAAUCAGUUGAAGGCGACCAUCUACCCAUACUUUCAAACCCUGAUGUAGAGAACAUUCUAGUUCAGAAGCUCGUGGAGACUAUAAGAUGCACAUUCAUACCAUGGUUCCAACCUGGUGGUCUUAGAAGAGCUUCCACACUGUAAUCAGUUGAAGGCAACCAUCUACUCAUACUUUCAAACUCAGAUGUAAGGAACAUUUUGUUUCAGAAACUCAUGGAUAUCAUAAGAUGCACAUCCACAAAAUUACAACCUAGUCCUGAAACGUACAUUUCUAUUUCAGAGGGUAGCACACAAUCACAAUCCACUGGGCACAAAAUACUUGAACUACAUAAUAAUAAUAAUAAUAAUAAUAAUAAUAAUAAUAAUAAUAAUAAUAAUAAUAAUAAUAAAGCAGCUCCCACUGGCAAAGCGGACUACAGCUGGAAAGAUUUGAGGUUGAGGUCCCCAACAUCUGGAAAGCUACACAUUCUCCAGUUGUCCUAUUCAGUGGUAGUUCUCAAACGUUGGCUCUCCAGGUGUUUGGAGCUUCCACUCUCAGAAUCCCACAUCAUUGACUAGUCUGGAUGAGACCUCUAGGAGCUGAAGUCCAAAGGACUUAGAGCAGUGGUCUUCAACCUGUGGAUUCCCAGAUGUUUGGGCCUUCAACUCCCAGAAAUUGGGAUUUCUGGGAGUUCAGAAAUCCCAGAUGGUAAACUGGCUGGGAUUUUCUGGGAGUUGUAGACCAAAAACACCCAGGGACCCACUAACUUAGAGGACCAACAUUUGAGAACCAUAGCUGUGGAGCUACAUUCAUGUUGACUGUGGUUCCAUUGUGAGCCUGCCUUUCCUCGGUGCUUGUGCUUUUUCGGCAGAGAUAAAUGUCACUCUUAUUUGUGGUAUGGAUUACCCUCCGGGCGCAUAAUCAUUGUGCAAGUUUAACCCGAGACCUUCCAGGUCAAAGGUUCUGAAGCAAACCCCUUGACCUUCUCUUGAUUUAGGAUUUAUUCCGGUAUUGUCAAGGGAGACGAGCAAAAGCCAUACAGACCGCAACAAAGCAAGCAGGUAGGAAGAUCUAACAAUAACAUUGAUUGAUAUCUUUUUCAAAAAUUCAUCAAAAACGAACCCUAUAUUGGAUGCUGAAGGUUAUGAGAGCGGUUUAUUAGGCAUUCCUUGUGACAACCAUUCCCAGGAGUAGACGGACCCUUUGUUAGUUCAAAUAAGACAGAUUAUAGCCUUUCAAUCAUCUUUGUGUGGCGAAAAAUAACAGACUGUAUACUCAGAGCAACAGAUACGUGUAAUUUUUAAAAUGCAGCGGGUUAAACCGCUAAGAUGAUUGGAAGGUUGGUGGUUCAAAUCCGGGGAGCGGGGUGAGCUCCCAUUGUUAGCCCCAGCUUCUGCCAACCUAGCUGUUCGAAAACAUGCAAAUGUGAGUAGAACUAUAGGAUCAAUGGAGUGCUCCAUGACCUUGGACAAUACCAGCUCCUCGACUCAGAAAUGGAGAUGACCACCACUCCCCAGAGUCGGACUUAACUAGACGUAAUAUCAAGGGGAAACCUUUACCUUAUUUUUUAAAAUUCUCAUUGUUUAGGCACUGAAUGAUCUCACCAUAGAAUAGAAUCGCUUCGAUAGCUUUGUCUCCACACUUGUUGAAUCGUUCUGUGUAGAAAAACAAGAGGUUUUUUUCCUGCACAAAAAAAAAAUUGUUUUUCUACAGGAAACAUGGUCUCCUCAACAGGAAAGGCAGGGUUGUACAGACAGAACUUGCUUUCACAAGUUACCACGUGUACUUCGACAUUGAUCAAAGGAUCGUUGACAGAGCUGGUCCAACAAUGAGGCAAAUUAAGCGGGCGCUUCGGGCGCAAAACAUACGAGGGCGCAGUCAAGACUGCUUUUUCUGUUGAUUUGUUGUAAAACAAAUUUAUAAAAUCUUAAUGUAAUUGGAUGUUUAAUAGGCUUUUCCUUAAUCCCCCCCUUAUUAUCCAACAUUUUCACUUAUCCAACACUUUUAUUUUUCAAUGACUGGUUGGGGGGGGGGGGGUGCCAAAAUUCUGUUCGCCUACACUUGAAAAUUACCUAGGGCCGGCUCUGAUCGUUGAAUGUCUCUGUUAAGAAUCCUUUUGGAUAGUUUUGGACCAUCUUGAACAUAUGCAAGAAAGGGUUGAACACUUCCGCAAGUGUUUUGUAUGCCUCACAACAUUCAGAAAUCAAAACAGAAGUUGUCAUUCCACACUAAUUUCCAAAUCGAAAAUGGUUGUUAGGAGAUGGAUUUGGGUGAGAUGGUUUGGAGAGAGGUCGAUCUUCAGAAAUGGAUUUGGAGACUGUUAAGGAUCUAGCCGUUGGGUGAGAUGGUUUUCAGAGGGAUCGAUCUUCAGAAAUGGUUUUGGAGUCUAGCCGUUGGACACGGUCAACUCCACCUCUAAGGAGUGUCCCAUUGAAAUGAAUGGACGUGCUCUCUGGAAGUUCCCAUUCCUUUCCAUUAUUUAUUGUGUCGGAAGCGACUUGAGAACAUACCGCAAGUCACUUCUGGUGUGAGAGAAUUGGCAGUCUGCAGAGACGUUGCCCAGGGGAUGCCCAGAUGUGUUGCCAUCCUGCUGGGAGGCUUCUCUCAUGUCCCUGCAAGCUAGAGCUGACAGGUGGGAGCUCACCCGACUUGAGAAAAUACUGCAAGUCGCUUCUAGUGUGAGAGAAUUGGCCAUCUGCAGAGAGGUUGCCCAGAGGAUGCCCAAAUGUGUUGCCAUCCUGCUGGGAGGCUUCUCUCAUGUCCCCGCAAGCUAGAGCUGACAGUCGGGAGCUCACCCAACUUGAGAAAAUACUGAAAGUUGCUUCUGGUGUGAGAGAAUUGGCUGCCUGCAGAGACGUUGCCCAGGGGACAUUUCCCGGAUGUGUUGCCAUCCUGCUGGGAGGCUUCUCUCAUGUCCCUGCAAGCUAGAGCUGACAGACGGGAGCUCACCCCAUCUCACGGAUUUGAACUGGCAACCUUCAGGUCGGCAACCCAACCUUCAGAUCAGCAAUCCAACCUUCAGGUCAGAAGUCCAGCCGGCACAAAUACUUUUGAUUGGGCUUGUAGGUCAACCCUCAAUGGAUUAUCUUGAUCUUCCUGAGUUCACGGCUAGCAGUGAUCAUUUGAGCGGUUUUCAGAAAGCCUCUACUCCCAUUAGAAUGGAAUUCCCACUUCUUCCAAUUAAAUACAAAUAAAAUAGGAAUGUUUUGUCUCCUUCCCUCCUUUUCUUUAGCUGUGUAUGGCUGUACGACUUGUAUAUUUAUAUAUUCUGUAUUUAUGUUACCAAAAUUGUAGUAUUUUGUAGCUGUCCCGGUUUGUUUAACUUGUAAAAUAAUUAAUAAUGUUAAUAAUAAUAAUAAUAAUUCUUAAUACGAUUUCCCCUUCCUGGGCAGUUCUUGCCUUUCAAACAUAGCUCUUCCUAACCCUUUGCCUUCUUCCUCCCAUUCCGCCUUCAAACUGUGUUGAAAACUUCCACCAAUCUCAAGGAUGUAGAUCACAUCUCCCCGCCCCCCCCCCCCCGACUUUUCUCCUUUAAUUUAAUGACUUGCCAUUUCUUAAAUUAUUUAUUAGUAUCGUCGUUGGGUUUUUUGUUCUUUGGUUGUCACCUUUUCACAGCAUUGGGUUUUAUUUUAUUUUAUUUUUGGAUAUAUUUUUUGUCCACUGCUUUUAACCAGCAGUUCAGAUGAUGUGAUUCUCAAAUAUUGUGUGUUGUUGGGGUUUUUUUUCCUUACGGAAGAGAGAGAGAAAGAACACUUCAGUAUAUUUGUAAAUAAAAGCUACCUGUAAAUGAAA